AUGGCGGCUGCGACUGUUGCCGAGAAGGUUCCGGUGGGUGGAGCAGAGGAGCCCCAGCCUCCCGCAGGAGCCGAGGAGCUGGCCGCCCAGAAGCGCGAACAGAGACUGCGCAAAUUCCGGGAGCUGCACCUGAAGCGGAAUGAAGCUCGUAAAUUAAAUCACCAGGAAGUUGUUGAAGAAGAUGAAAGACUUAAGUUCCCUGCAAAUUGGGAAGCCAAGAAAGCUCGUUUGGAAUGGGAACUGCAGGAAGAAGAAAAGAAAAAGGAAUGUGCAGCAAGAGGGGAAGACUAUGAGAAAGUGAAGUUGCUAGAAAUUAGUGCAGAAGAUGCAGAAAGAUGGGAGAGAAAAAAGAGGAGGAAAAACCCUGACCUGGGAUUUUCAGAUUAUGCUGCUGCCCAGCUUCGCCAGUAUCAUAGACUGACCAAACAGAUCAAACCAGACAUGGAAACAUACGAGAGACUGAGAGAAAAGCAUGGAGAAGAGUUUUUCCCAACGUCCAACAGUCUUCUUCAUGGGACACAUGUGCCUUCCACAGAGGAAAUUGACAGGAUGGUCACAGACCUGGAAAAACAAAUUGAAAAACGAGACAAAUACAGCCGGAGACGUCCUUAUAAUGAUGAUGCAGAUAUUGACUACAUUAAUGAAAGGAAUGCUAAAUUCAACAAGAAGGCAGAAAGAUUCUAUGGGAAAUACACAGCUGAAAUUAAGCAGAAUUUGGAAAGAGGAACAGCCGUCUAA